AUGGCCACUCUCAAUCAAACCGCGCUUGCGCUAGAGAAGACGGCCGCCCACCAUGUCGAGGAUACUCUAGGUCACGGGGCGAUCAUCGAAGCAAAACAAGCGACCGACGAGGAACAUGCCCAGACACUAUUUGAGGCACUUCGUGACAAUCGCAAGGCUGUUGCGUGGUCUAUGUUGAUCUCUAUGUCAAUCAUCAUGGAGGGAUAUGAUACAAUUCUUAUGGGAAACUUCUACGGCUAUCCCACAUUCACACAGAAAUACGGAAGCUAUUAUCCUGCAGCGGCUGCAGCGGACAAAUACCAAGUUUCGGCUCCAUGGCAAGCGGGUCUCAGCAUGGCUAGUACCGUGGGCUGCAUCUUUGGUGGCAUCAUGAACGGAUACUUUGCGUCGAAAUUCGGAUACAGAGGUGUUAUGAUGGUGGCACUAGCAUUGCUCACUGCAUUCAUCUUCAUCACCUUUUUCGCUAGCUCAGCUGCUGUCCUCCUCGUUGGUCAAAUUCUUUGUGGAUUCUCCUGGGGAGUUUUUGCGACAGUUGGACCCGCCUAUGCCUCCGAAGUCUGCCCCACCAAUCUGCGCGGAUACCUCACUGUCUACGUGAACAUGUGCUGGGCAAUUGGACAACUGAUCGCAUCAGGCGUGCUAUAUGGGCUGGUCGGCCGAACAGAUGAAUGGGGAUACCGCAUUCCCUUUGCCCUUCAGUGGAUCUGGCCGGUGCCAUUGAUUGUGGUGUGCUGGUUAGCACCUGAGAGUCCAUGGUAUCUAGUGCGCAAGGAUCGGCUCGAGGAUGCAAAGCGUAGCAUCCGUCGACUUGGAGGAAAUAAGACCGAGGAUCAAAUCAACGGACAACUCGCAAUGAUGGUGCACACAACCAAGAUUGAAGCUGAGAUUGAGUCUGGAACAACAUACUUCGAGUGCUUCAAGGGAGUGGAUUUGCGCCGCACCGAAAUCUGCUGCGUAGCGUUCAUGGGCCAGAUCAUGGCUGGUAGUUCUUUCGCAUACACACCGACUUAUUUCUUCGAACAGGCUGGAAUGCAAACCAGCAAAUCCUUCCAGUUUGGAGUCGGAUGCACAGGUGUGAGCUUUGUAGGCACCGCACUAUCCUGGUUCUUAAUCACAAAGUUUGGUCGACGGACCCUCUACGUCUGGGGCCAGGGUAUGCUUGCAACCGUCCUGUUACUGGUCGGAAUUAUCAGUGCCGCAUCCUCAGCGAACGGGGCUAUAUGGGCACAGGCGGCACUCUGCAUGGUCUGGCUCUUUAUAUACUCGCUUACAGUCGGGCCAAUCGCCUACUCCAUCGUAUCGGAGAUUUCUUCCGUUCGCCUACGAACCUUAACAGUCUGCCUGGCCCGAACAGCCUACCAGCUCAUCAACGUCGUCUCGCAAGUCCUGGAGCCAUACUUUAUGAACCCUACUGCUUGGGACGCGAAGGGUAAGACUGGCUUUUUCUGGGCUGGCACCGCUCUGAUUGCCUUUACAUGGGCUUUCUUCCGUCUACCCGAACCGAGAGACCGCACGUAUGCAGAACUAGACAUUCUCUUUGCCACGAAAGUUCCCGCGCGCAAGUUCUCCUCGACCAAGGUUGACGCGUAUGCUGCCGUGUCGGCAUCUUCUCAGGAGUUUCUUACUCCGAGUCGCGAAGAGGUGGCGCAAGAGGUCAAAGAGUGA